AUGUCACACAAAGACGGAGAAUUGCCUGAAGUCGAUGUGGUCCACUGGAACGCGAAUAACUUCAAACUUCGGUGUUCGUACUGCAAUGAAGUCCACCGGCAUGGUCGCACAUCAUAUGUCACGGAAACCCGGAAGGCAGGGUGUAUUAAUGGGGGCCGAUAUAGAUAUUCAUUUCCAUUCGACGAACGAGCAGGUCACGUCGCAUACGAAAUCGAUAAGGAAAAAGCUCGUUUCGUAAAUGUUUGCACAAUUGCAGCGCUACAGGACAGCGUUGAUGAAGAGGAGGAACUAGUGAACGAAUUCGAUUUGAAGGCAACAAUAUGCCACGGCCGUGCGCCAAAGUCCACAAAAAAAUUAGCCAUAACAGGCAUUGAUAUGUACGACGCGGCUCAGGAGAAGACGACCAUUGCGUUAAGCAACGGUGAAACCUUUGAGGAGAAGAGCAUCGCGUUCGCUAUUUCAAACUGCGUCGCAGGUCAAUCCGCAGAGGUAAAGAAAUUCCUCGGUAAUUCGCAGGAUGCAUCGGUUUUCGUCCACGGAAGGGAUGAUACAGGCGAUACAACACUAAUUAUGGCAGCGAGAGAGGAGAGCUCAGAAAUGGUCUCAUUACUGAUAGAUCACGGCUCUGGGGUCAAUACCGUGAAUCGGAACGGCCGAAGUGCGCUUAUGGAGGCAGCGCUGUGGGGUAGACUGAACAAUGUGAAGCUUCUUUUGAAGGGCAGUGCGGAUAAGAGUCUACGAGACCACGACAAGCGUGUGGCUGCCGACCUUGCCCAACCGACGCGAAAGAACAAAGAAGAGAGACACGUUCAAGCCGGCGGUAGCCUUGGGCAGCGUGGUCGCAAGCCAGUGUACAAUGAAGUAACCUUGGACAGAGACGAUGAUCGACUAGAAAUCGUACGACUGCUCACAAGAGUUGAUGGCGAGCCCAAAACUAUGCAUGAACCAACUCCAAAGGUAUCGGAUUACAAAACCUAUUCCUUCAGACGACACCCAAACGGGAUGUCAAUUCUUCUCCGCGGCCCUAUUACCGACUAUCCUUUGACAAGGGAAGGCAAAACAGUAGCCCAACUGAACAGAGGUUGGCCAUUCCCAACUAUCGCAGCAAUGAGUGGGUGGGGACAUCCUGAAGAAGUUUCGGUUAGAGUUAGUGGUCGUGAUUGGACGAGAGAAGUAUUUCGCAUAGCAACCAUUGUUGGCCAUCACUUGACUCCACGUCCCUCGCUUGAUCAAGGUUCGCCUGGUCGACAUCACGCAUCUCACGCUGAGAAGCAGUUGAUUGCCUAUUUUGUAGACAGGCAUGUAUUCCUUCCUGGCGACGAAGUGGCUGACGAGGGGCUUGAGUCGUCGAUUGCCGAUAUAGAAGAUGAGCUUACUCAUGAAUAUUAUUGGACUGCCACAGGAAAACGACUGAACGAUUCGCAGAAUAAGAUGGGAUGGCUAGAACGGGCCCUGUCAGAUGCGGAAGAUCGCAUUCUCGGGGAUGAAUACGAUAAGAGUCUGGUGGAACGACUGAAGGUAGAUAUCCAAAAAGUCGAAGCCGAGUUGUUCCAGCUAGAAUUACUCGACGAAGUGAAGCAUAUAAGGGGUUUAGAAUCUCAGUUGCAGAGUCUAAAACGAAAGCAAAGCAAGCACCAAAAUUUGAUGGACAUAGCAAAGCAUCGUCCGCCAAUGUCUUUAACGAAAGCGGUUAUACUGAUAAGCGCACCUAAGGGGAUAAUUUGUGACGACUGCAGGCGGUUCAGAGAUUUAGUGAAUCAGCGAUUUGGAUUGUCGAUUGACUUGAUGGAAUGCACGGAAAAGGAAUCUAAAUAUUACGCGUGA